CCUUUGCGAUGCCGUAGCCAGUGUUAAUGGCACGAUGGUAGAAAAGGAGAGCUUGGAAUAUAGUACUUUGUCAGAAACCAGCUUUAAACAGCAUCAGUGCCUCGCUUUGCACUGGAGAGGGCUUGCAGUAGCUCGCGCUGAUGGUCCUAGCCGUGGGAGGUACAUGGAUGGGAUGAUCCACAUGUUGACAAAUGGCUGUUCUGAAAAACAAAAUGAAUUCAGCUAAAGAGAUUUAAAUCAAAUGAUACAUCCCAGAAGAUCAUCACAGCGCGGUGACUAGCGCACUCUCCAUUGUGUGCAGCAGAAUGUCUCCACGGGUGGCGACUCUGCUGUCCGGACUGUGGCUGUUCUUGGUUCUGUCUUGUGCUGCUAGGUCGAUGUGGCAAGCCUGUGACAAUGGGAAGCUCUUGCUGGGGAGAGACCUGCCCCUGUCAGUUGUAUGGAGCUGUCCUGUGAUUUCCUGGCCAGAGUCCACUACCCAGAAGAUUCCUAGCAUUGAGACAGAGUAUCCCCCACAGCCGAUUGAGCAUGUCUGCAUGGACACACCCAUCACCUACAAUCACACUAUCCCCAACAGUGGUGCUCACCGGACUGUAGGGGCAGAGAGUGGAGAGUACCUGUACUGCCCCCCUCAACGCUGGCUAAACAACCUGCAGCAUGGAGCAACAGUGUUGCUGUACCAUCCGUGUGCUCCUGUUCGUCAGCGUGAUCUGCUGUCUGUCCUGGGCCACUGCUGUCUGUCUGACUACAUCAUAACGCCACACCCUGACCUCAGCAAACACAGACCGUUAGCGCUGGUGUCCUGGGGUCGCACUCUGGAGCUGUCCCAGGUGACCACUCUGGAGGUCUGUGAUUGGCUGCAGUUGACAGCGGCACACGGUAACAGUGGCGACGUGGGUCCAAACAGGAAGUAUAACUUGCUGUUGACCCAUCCUGCGGAUCACAAACACGCAUACCCAAAGAAGUCUCGGAAGCAGUGCUGUGAGGAGACCCUCGCUCUGCUACUGGAUGGACGGUUGGAGGUGACAGACUGGAGGAGAGGGAGGGUCCGCAAGAGCCGAGCUGCACUCGGGAACGAGGGGAGGGAGAAAGAGAGCCGGACCACCGUGUUGCUGCCUCUAGCAGUCACCAAGACCAACAGGACUACCUUGGACAGACCUGAAGCACAGGGCCCAGCCAUAGUGAGGGCUACACAGAGAGAUACGGACCCUCUAGCAGUCACCAAGACCAACAGGACUACCCUGAACAGACCUGAAGCACAGGGCCCAGCCAUAGUGAGGGCUACACAGAGAGAUACGGACCCUCUAGCAGUCACCAAGACCAACAGGACUACCCUGAACAGGCCUGAAGCACAGGGCCCAGCCAGAGUGAGGGCUACACAGAGAGAUACGGACCAAGGACUCAAAGUGACCCAACCUCGCCGCAGAGAAAAUAACACGGAUGACAAAGAGCCCCGAGGGAAAGUGAGAGAAACAGACUGGCUGAACCAGAACGAAGCAGAGGACAAGGGGCAGAGCGGGAAACCGCGAGACAUCCAGGGGAGAGGGGUGAAGAGCAGCAGACGCGAGGGAGAGAGACGGCCCCGUAACUCUCCAACCGAGAGGGAAAAGGCUCUGUCUCAGAGUCGGCGUAAGCAGUUGGCUGUCACACAGGCGAACAGCCAGGACAGGAGAGCAGACUGUGAUGGUAGGGUGGGCCACAGCGAGUGCACUGAGACCGUAGCUCCGCUAGGGAGCGCCGCGGCUGGGCCCGGUGACAGGAUGCUGCCCACUCCGCGGACAGACGAGGCGGUGUGGGCGGCGGCGGCGUUGGGUUUCCUCCUGGUGCUGCUGGCACUCUCCAUGCUGCACACCCGCCUUUACCGCCAGUGGCGCACAACGCCCAGCAUGUACUGGCAUGACCCCAAGCAGGACUACGACAGCGUGGCAGAUGUGAUCCACAGGAGGCUGAAGAUGCCAGGGAGGAGGAAGAGGAGGGUGUCCAAGAGCCGAAGACAGGAAUGUGUCCUCCUACCACCCAGCUCCAGCACAGAGGAGGACGAGUAGAAACAGACAUCUGUUUAUUACACCCAUCUUGUCUUUAGCCCUGGGAGAAGGAAGGACACUGGGACCUAAAAGCAGGGUACUCCCAUUUGCCUAAUAACACUGCUCUGUUGAAGAAACUGAGCAUUUUAUGGAUUCUUUUAGUAAGGAGACCUCCGAUUCAUCUUCUAUCGUUAAGGAAUAUUUUACUAUUUUAACUGUCAUACAACACUACAUAGUAUAAAACCCCAUUCAAUCAGAUCUCAUUCACAAUCACCACCAAUGAUACCAUUUUACUACGCAUUCAAAUGUUCUCGUAGGGGCCGAUUCAGACUUAGGAAAUGUACGCCUUUCCCUACGCACUUCUAAGUAGUUGGUAUUCAGGCUUAGGAAACCUACGCCUUUCCUAAGCAUUUCUAAGUAGUUGGUAUUCAGGCUUAGGAAACCUACGCCUUUCCUAAGCACUUCUAAGUAGUUGGUAUUCAGGCUUAGGAAACCUACGCCUUUCCCUACGCACUUCUAAGUAGUUGGUAUUCAGGCUUAGGAAACCUACGCCUUUCCUAAGCACUUCUAAGUAGUUGGUAUUCAGGCUUGCCAUAUGAAGGUUUGCAGCAAGAUUUGCGGGUGUGGCGCCAACAAUAAAUGUAAUUCAACCCCAGAAAACACCCACCGGUUGGCCGACAGAAUUGACAAGGGAGUUUUUGUUCAAUACAUUUUCUGUUCAUUUAUCUAAAGUAAUCCCUUUUAAAUAUGUAUUUGGACAGUGAAGCUAACAAUUUUUAUUUUAGGUCAAAUGUUUCAUGAGGCAACCUUUUAAUUUGAGGGUAUUUUCAGAUCUGUUUUACCUUUUAGAAAUGACUUCUCCAUUUGGACAAAUUCACUUAGUGUAUUAAAGUAGUCAAAAGUUUUGUAUUUGAUCCCAUAAUCCUUUGCACUCAAUGACCACAUCAAGCUUGUGACCCCUACAAGCUCUUAUUGUAGAAAGAGCAUAUGUUUCUGAACACUUCUACAUUAAUGUGGCAGAUUAACAGAUAUGAAAAUACCCUCGAUCUGACAUUCUGUACUGUCACCUCAUGAAUCAUGUGAUCUAAAAUCCUAAAUGCUGGAGCCCAAUGACAACGUUUAGCUUCACUGUCCAAAUAAAUCUGGAGGGGAGCGUAGUUGCUGUUGUAAGCAACGGGCUGUCAGUUGCAGUAGUGGGUACGAGUCCAUCAAAUGCUGUUGUGUGAUAGGGGGGGGGGGGGGGGGGUUAAAUCAUGUUUUGUGAGUUAUUUAAUAUAUGAUGGCUGCAGUGAAUCAAGACAUGGACAGAGAGGAUUUGUAUGUGGAUUAUUGCUCGUCUCCUACUACACAGCCAGUGUACUCCUAUGAAACUAUUGGUUGGAAGCUAACCGUUUCAACCACAGAAUUAGAGAGAUUCUGUUUCUAUGCUUUGAACAACCACAGGAUAUGAAAACGAUUGAACAUGAUGUUGCUAUGCAUGGUAAUGAAAACACUUGGGAGCAGCAAUACCCUGUGAGGGCUUUUUAUGUGUUUUUAACUACUGUGUGAUGUUUACUAGUAACCCUGUACCAGAUGUGGAUACUCUUAUUUACAAUACUAAAGUAUACAUAGAAUAAUGAUCUUCAGUCAUAUCCUACUAAGUAAUGAAAUUACAACCGUGAAAACAAAAAUCACCAUAGAUGUGGUUACCAAAAUGGAGCAGCUGUAGCCAUAUACAGUGUAUAAAACCUUUUUGCUCUCAGAACUGCCUCAAUGCUUCAGGGCAUGGACUCUACAAAGGUGUCGAAAGCGUUCCCACUGGGAUGCUGGCCCAAUGCUUCCCACUGGGAUGCUGGCCCAAUGCUUCCCACUGGGAUGCUGGCCCAAUGCUUCCCACCGGGAUGCUGGCCCAAUGCUUCCCACUGGGAUGCUGGCCCAAUGCUUCCCACUGGGAUGCUGGCCCAAUGCUUCCCACUGGGAUGCUGGCCCAAUGCUUCCCACCGGGAUGCUGGCCCAAUGCUUCCCACCGGGAUGCUGGCCCAAUGCUUCCCACAGUUGCCAAGUUGUCCUUUGGGUGGUGAACCAUUCUUAAUACACACGAGAAACUGUUGAGCGUGAAAAACCCAGCAGCGUUGCAGUUCUUGACACAAACCGCUGCAACUUGCACCUACGACCAUACCCCGUUCAAAUGCACACACACACACAAUCCACGUCUCAAUUGUCUCUAGGCUUAAAAAUCCUUCUUUAACCUUCCUCUUCAUCUACACUGAUUGAAGUGGAUUUAACAAGUGACAUCAAUUAGGGCUCAUGGUCUUCACCUGGGCAGUCUGUCAUGGAAAGAGGUGUUUCUUAAUGUUUUGUAGACUGUCAAUAGAAACUUUAGGGCUCCCUUAUGCCCUGGUCAAAAAUAGUGCACUGGCCUCCUGCGUGGUGCAGCGGUCUAAGGCACUUCGAACGGUGUUUCCUCCGACACAUUGCUGCAGCUGGCUUCCGGGUUAAGCGAGGCCGGGUGUUAAGAAGCAGGGCUUGACGGGUCGCAUGAAAUUGACCUUUGCCUCUCCCGAACCUGUUAGGGAGUUGCAAAUAAAAAAGGUGCACCACAUAGGGAAUAGUGUGUCAUUGUGGACGUAACCAUUGAAAAUGGUAAAUGUCUGUCCCUAAUAGGCUUCAGCAUGUCCAACAUCACGUCCUUGAGACUGUUAGUGUGUACACGUACCAAGUAGUGCACUACUUUUUAGUGUGGCCCAUAACCUCUGCUGGAAAGAUUCUUCAUGUAAACCGAGAGAAUCUGUCGGGACUGAAUGUGGAGGAUAAUGAGCAGCAGUAGUUCUGGCGCUGGUCUUUUGUACAAAUCCUGAUUUCUCAGGUGUUCGCAUCUUUCAUAUUUUGGUAUGAGAGGGGGGGGGGGAGGGGGGACAUUUGGCCUGUAACAUGCGAAGAGAGAGGGUUCUGCUCCCCUCUCUAGCAUCUCUUCUUAACACGUAUGGGCCCAGAAUUUAAUCGAGCAGCUGACAAAUGUGACACUUUAGUUCUGGGUUAACUUGAGAUUAUGGCCCAUAGGGUUCUGGUCAAAAGUAUUGCAUUGGAAAGGGAAUAGGGUGCCAUUUGGGACACAUAUGCCACUACUAUGUAAUGAGCUGUGAUUAAAUGUUAGACUUCAGACAUAAAAGCUAACAACCUGUGAAAUCAUUCACACCAAGAGGACAGUUAAAGUGUGACUACAUGAACCAGAGAGAGAAAGUGAGAGAGAUUGUAGUUUGUACAGCUUACCCAGAGACGCUCCUUUGAUACAGCCUUUGGCUUUGAAUGUUUCAAGCAUCUCAAGCUAAACAAAAAAUACAUUUAAGACAAUUUGUUUUAGUUUUUUUAUUUUAUUAGAAAUGUACAGCUUAUGAGUUUCCAUUACAAUUGACCUUUUUUCAAUGUUCUACUUUUUACAGUUUUUACUUCUGUUAAAAUAUAUUCUCCCAUCA